AAAAACUUUAAAAAAUGAAUUAGGCCAAACCUAGAACCUGAUGUAUUUUAGAACUAAAGAAAUGUACUGUGUUUGGGAUAACAAAUAAAUUAAGGUAUCUACGAGACCGGAUGUCGUACACAACGACAGCCCCCUCGGUCCUCGCUAUCUCACUCCCCAGCCCCACUCCAGUCCACCCGCUCUCGCUGAGCAAGCCGGCGACCGGAGCAGAGCCCGAGAUCCCUCGCCACCGCGCCGGGCCGGGGUUCCCACUAGCCGAGCUCGCAAAAGCCGCUGCCUUUCCUCCCUCUCCUCGCGCGCUCGGGGGAGCACCGGAGCCGGCGGCGCGCGCCAUGGGGUCGGUGUCCCUGAAGCUGCCGGCGUCCCGCCGCCGCCACGGCGGGCCCCUCUCCUGCCUCUGCUCCCCGGCGCCGCUCAACCUCCUCAUGCUGCUCUCCCUCCUCUGCACCAACCUCCUCGCCUUCUUCGCCUUCUUCGCGCCCCCUCCCCGCCACGACCCCGCCGCCGGCGCAACCCCCUCCUCCUCCGCCAACCUCUCCGCGCACGUCGCCGCCAUCGCGCUCGAGAUCGGCGGCGCGUCCUCCUCCUCCGGCGCCCGCCUCCCGGACGGCCUGCCCCCGGAGCUGCUCCUCUUCCUCACCCCGCACGCGCUGCCGCUCGGCCGCGACGCGCGGACGGGGCUCACCCACAUGCCGGCCUCCGUCGCGGCGUCCUGCCUCCGGUCCCCGUCCGCGCUGGCGCUCCUCUCGGCCUUCAUGUCCUACGCGCCCCACUCCGCCUGCCCGCGCAACGCCACCCUCCCGCGCCGCCUCGUCUCCAAGGGCUGCGAGCCGCUGCCCCGCCGCCGGUGCCUCUCCCGCGGGCCCCGUGCCCCGCUCCCGGCCUCCGGCAUGGGCCUCGACCACCGCCGCUGGGCCGGCCCCGCGCGCGGCGGCCACGAGUUCCUCGCCGACGACGUGCUGCGCCUCAGCGCGUCCAAGAUCCGGAUCGGCCUCGACGUCGCCGGCGGCGCCGCCAACUUCGCGGCCCGGAUGAGGGAGCGCGGGGUCACCGUCGUCACCUCCGUGCUCGACGGCGCCGGGAAACCGAUGAACGAGUUCGUGGCGGCGAGGGGCCUGUUCCCGCUGCUGCUCUCGCCGGCGCACCGGUUCCCCUUCUACGACGGGGUGUUCGACCUGGUGCACGUCGGCACCGCGGCGCUGGACGAGGCCGGGGCCCCCGCGAUGGGGCAGGCGGCGACGCCGGAGGCGCUGGAGUUCUUCAUGUUCGACGUCGACCGGGUGCUGCGCGCCGGCGGGCUGCUCUGGAUCGACAGCUACCUGUGCCAGAUCGAGGAGAGGAGGCGAGCGGUUGCCAAGCUCAUUGACAGGUUUGGUUACAAGAAGCUCAAGUGGGUCGCCGGAGAGAAGGCCGGCGGUGCGACAACAUCAACCUACCUCUCCGCGGUGCUGCGAAAGCCGGCAAGAAGCUGAAAUCAUACAGAGGAUGGCCCAUCCGGGCUCCUUGAUCGGAGGUUAUUACGGUGCUUUGCUUCUUCUGGAGCGGGGGAAACACAACCGAUUUUUAUCAUCAGAAACCAAUCAAAAUAUAGUUGUCGGUGCAUUUCAUACAGCCAUAGCAUCACUGAUUUUCAGUCUUCGGAUUUCUGAUGGUCUAAGGCGUCUAGAAAAGGAGGAUACACUAUAUCUCCGAAGUACAUGUGAAGUUUUCUUAACCGCAGACUGAAGAGUUGCCAUGUAAAAGUUUUUUGCCGAACAUAAAACUAUCAAUUCUAGGAGCACCAUCUGAUGAAAUCAGGGAUUUCUGCGCUUUCCUUCCCUGUACAUACACAAUCUGCUUACCUACAAAAUGAAGGUCAGGAUGAGUGAAUGACUGUUUCAGCCGGGAGCAGCCCUUCCUUCUUGGAAUGUAAAUUAUGAGCUUCCACAUACACAUCUCCUCCAAAGUGUAAAGGCUGCCUGAAAUGCUGCAUUGUUACCGUUAUGCGACGUACAUCAUGUUAAGGCUAUAUAGAACUGUUAUAAUGUUCCCCCCCUGUUUGCUCUCAGUCUUCGUUGUUACUAGGGAGUGGUUGCAGUUUGAAAUGCUAAUUCCUUGGUGAGGAUUUGUGGCAUUUUAGUCGGUGAAAUGGUUCGUGGCUUCAUAUUUUUGAUCUUUCAUGUUCAGUGCACACAUUGGUCCUACUGAUUUUGGCAACUGGGUAGGAAUAAGUUAUGAAUUUUGGUUGAUCGGCUUUCACCACUUGGCAGAAAAAAGGUUGGUACUUCGGUGAUAUAAAUCUUGUAUAAGUGUUGCUAGCUGGGGGUCUUUCUUUGCUGCUGCUUCUGUGACAAGGUUUGUGUUGGCCGGCGUUAAUUUUCUGUGACAAGGUUAAUUUUCUGUAAGGUUCCAUGUCUUUUUGUUUUUGUUCAUCAUGGUGGAACCUAGUUUGUUCCUUUUACCCCCCAAAAAAUGGACCAGGUAUAAAUGUGUUAAUUCCCAGUUCAUCUUUAUCUGGUUGAAGAUUUGUAGCUUGCAUGGUGACAGUUUCACCAUGGUGUUUCCAUUAUUUAUGUAUCUUCAGUCUUCACCAUGUUAUGUUCUGCUGGAAGGCUGGUAUUAGACGGCGUUAAUUUUCUGUAAGGAUGCUGUUGCAUGUCUCUUGUGUUGUUAGUUUACCAAAAAGAAAGAGAGGGCCACUCAUGGACCAGGUGAAUGUGCUAAUUCAGCAAUUUCAGUGAUCUUUCUCUUGUUGUUUACUUCAGAGAUGGUGAGCAUUAGAUUGACCAUUCGUUUGGGAAUGUUCAACAUUUCGGAAACUAAAAUUAUCAGAAGUACUUCACACACGAUGCUUUGGUGAAUGAUACUGGAACGAUGCCCAAUCGAACCGACUGGAGCUGUUUAGCCUUGGCCUUGGACGGAUAGGAUAUGACAUGUCGUCUGUAUUUCGUCUGGGAGUGUCGUGUGUGAAGCAGUGCUGCUCUAAAAUUAUUGAUGGAUACUGUAAUCUGGAGCCUUUUUUUUUAAAUCCUGGAAUGUUGCGACUGUCUCUUGAUGUGGA